GACCUUCAAAACGUGGAUUUGAAAUCCACUCGUAUAAAGUGCUCUUCCCAUUCUCUCCGUUCAUACCAUUACCACCACUUCUUACUAAUUUUUUUUUUUCAAAUUUCAAAACAAAAUCAUAGAAAAACCUAAAAGAAAAAUGUAUGGAAUCCUAAAGAUCUAGCUUUUGGGUUCGGAUCCCUCGAUCCAUUUACUCCAUUCGCAUUCUCGAACCAUUCUUUCUCAGAUCCUUCGAAGCCCUUGGUUUUGAAUCGAAGAUAAUGAACUUUUGAUUUUUGUUUUCACGUAUCACGAGUUUCCCGUGUGUAAAUGGAUUCAGAUGAUGUAGUGGGCACUGAUGGGCUUGGGCCGGUCCAUCAGAAUGGCUCUUAUGCUCAAACUCCCGCCUCUGGUGAGGAUUUUAUGGUUGUAGACGAUUUCAAUAACAAUGAGACAGCCUCACAAAAUAGGAAUGUAAAAGUUCGUGUUAAGUUGGAUGAUGGUCUCUCUGAAGAGGAAUCAAUUGGCCAUAAUGAAAGCAAUGGACUGACUAUUGCAAAGGAAGGAGAAGGGAAAGGCUCCGAUCAUUCAAAGCAGACCAAACUGCAAAAGGGUCAAGCCAAGAGCAAGAAUGGGAAACCCUCAGCACCCAAAAUUGCUUCGGGAAAUUCAGAGAUCAAGAACAAAAAUGGCAAAGAUGUUGAGGCUGUAUCUACUGUUCCCAACGGUUCAAUCGCUUCUAAUGCACAGCCAAGAAAAACAAUUAGAAGUGGAUCAUCUACUGAACAGAAGCUAUCUGGAAAGCCUGAGGUAGCCUUUCCCGAGGACCUUACGGAUAAACCGAAGCUGAAACCUCUGAAAAAAGAACUUGUUAACCAAGCUGAAGUGGAAGCAGAUGCUAAAUCCUCCUCAAGUCCCACAUCAGAAGAUGCCAGAUCUCGCAAGAUGGGUAUGCUUCCAAACUAUGGUUUCAGUUUUAAGUGUGAUGAACGAGCUGAAAAGAGGAGAGAGUUUUACACUAAACUUGAGGAGAAGAUUCAUGCAAAGGAGUUAGAGAAGAACAACUUGCAAGCAAAGUCGAAGGAAACUCUGGAAGCUGAGAUUAAGAUGCUCAGGAAGAGCCUGACCUUUAAAGCAACUCCAAUGCCUAGCUUCUACCAGGAGCCUCCACCUCCUAAGGUAGAGCUAAAGAAGAUACCAACAACGCGAGCUAAAUCUCCAAAGCUGGGACGUAGAAAGAGCUUACCUCCGACAGACUCUGUAGGAAACAAUAAUUCAACUAAUCAAUCCAGCAGGCUAAGUCUCGAUGAAAAAGUAGCUCAAAUUCCUGCCAAAGGACCAACUGUACCAGUAAGGAAGCCACACCGCAAAUCUCUUCCCACCUUGCCAUCUGAAAAGACCACCAUAUCCAAUACGAUAAAGGGGCACAAGAUUGCAUCCAAGGGGAAAAAUAACAUAUCCAUUGCAAACCAAGAGGAAAAUACUGUAACGAACGCAGCUAAUGAAGAGAAGUUGAACUUUAAUGCAACUGACAAAACUGGAUCUUUCACCCAAGAGCAGGGGGGAGUUCCCGUAGCGAAGCUAAGUGCAACUGAGCCCUACAUGGAUGAUAGCCCUGUGGUUGAAGAUCAAACUUACACCACCUCCAUGCAAGAACCAAGAGCAGCAGUGGAGCUUUGAUGCAAAAAGGGGUACACAUUUUUGAUGUGCACAUGUAGAGCUCUCCUAAUGACGCCUGUCAUGGAAAUAAAAAAGGAAUGAAACUACAGUUAUUGGAGGAACAAGGCAUGAGAGAAUUUGGCAAUUAUGGUUUGUGGUGUCAUGUUGUCCAUAGUCAGCAGCAUUGGUAGUUUUGUUUGAUUGCUUUAGAGGUUGCUGGUCUUUGUCAUUGGUAUUCUGCAUUCCAGUUUGCAGCAGUGUAUGUAACUAUUUGCAAGUUGUGAUCUAAUUAAUAUGUUGUCAAAGUCUGUCUUAGCCAGAAUAUUAUUAAACAUAUUGGGAAAUUUUGGUCAAAUCUUUA